AUGCCAAAACUUAUCCUUGUUAGACACGGUCAAUCCGAAUGGAACGAAAAGAAUCUUUUCACCGGGUGGGUGGAUGUGAGUCUUUCUUCAGUCGGUCGGACGGAAGCUGCUAGAGCUGGUGAAUUGCUCAAAGAAUCAGGCCUGAAGCCAGAUAUCCUUUUCACCUCCAAGCUGACCAGGGCCAUACAAACUGCCAACAUCGCAUUGGAAAAGGCAGAUAGACUUUUCAUCCCAGUUGUCAGAUCGUGGAGAUUGAACGAGAGACAUUACGGUGCUUUGCAAGGUAAAGACAAGGCAGCAACUCUGGCACAAUAUGGUGCAGAGCAAUUCCAAACAUGGAGAAGAUCGUACGAUGUUCCACCUCCACCAAUUGAUGAUUCUUCUGAAUUUUCUCAAUUUGGGGACGAGAGAUAUAAAGACAUCGAUCCUAACGUUUUGCCAAAGACCGAAUCUUUGGCACUCGUGAUUGAUAGACUGCUUCCAUACUGGCAGGACACCAUUGCCAAGGAGCUCUUGGAAGGAAAAACUGUUAUGAUUGCUGCUCACGGAAACUCGCUGAGAGCUUUGGUUAAGCAUCUGGACAACAUCUCAGAUAAGGAGAUCGCUGGUUUGAACAUUCCAACCGGUAUUCCUCUCGUCUAUGAGCUGGACGAGAAUCUGAAGCCAACUAAGCCAUCCUACUACUUGGACCCAGAAGCAGCUGCUGCUGGUGCAGCUGCCGUUGCAGCUCAAGGACAAAAGAAAUAA